CAAAUUUCACCGAUCCCUAAGGAGAAACAGUCGCCAGAGGAACAAUGGUAGUGGAUUGAUCUGCGGAUCUGCAGGGAGAAAGACAGCUGGCCAUGCUGCAUCGCAUCAAGCUGGUCUCCAUCGUGCAUCCUCGGAUCUUUCUACCCGUGGUCAUGCUGCUGACGCUGUCCCGCUGCUCUGGCGUUCAUCCAUACGAGAGGAGGUUUCAUUCCUCAGCCGCCUUCCUCUCGCCCUCCACUGUCCACACGAGGAGGCGGGCAUCGAGCCCAAUUGCGACCAGUCUCUCAUCGUCGAUGAGGAGUGAAGAGGCAGCCUUCGGCAGGAGAGCGGCGCUCUCAUCUAUCGGUGCUGCCCCUUUCCUGCUGUCACUGAUUCCGCUGGCCGAUGCCGAUGCGCUUGCCAAGGACGAGCUGGUCAAGAAGACGAUGAGGGAGAAGACCCCUGAAGAGAUAGAGGCUGAGAAGGAGGCCUUGGCGCAGGCCAAGCGAGAGAGAUUGGAGAAGCAGAAGAGACUGGUUGAGGAGCAGAGGAGGCGGAGGGAGGAGGGCGAGCAGGAGGAGGGCAUUGAGCCGACACUCUAUGUGCAGGUGGGUCUGUCUGGCGGAGAGCUGUCCACUGUGUGUACUGUGUUGUGGUUGUUGGAAGGUUGCAUCUCGCUCUCUGUGUGAGUGCAGUACACUUACCCCACUGCGCGCAAGAGGUAUCUGCCUCGCGUCAAGGCAUUAGCGGAUGAGAUUGGCGGCAUCGCACCACUCGUCGAGGCGGGCAAGUGGGGCAAGGUCAAGACGUUCGCAGAGGGCACUGCAGAGGGUGCCAGACUACCGCUCAAGGUGGGUACAUGCAUUAAUGGCAUACAGACACACCUACACGCACGAGUGCGCUUCGUGUCCUGGCUGAUUGGAUUGCAGCUGUAUGCGUCGUCCCUCGCCGGGCAAGGGCUUGCCCAGUCGGCAAGUUUCAUCAAAGUCAUGAACAAAGAGGCGGAAGAGUACUCCGCCUCUUUGGACUCUUUCCAGAAAGCUGUCAACAAGAAGGACACCAACACGUCAGAAACAAGAAAGACACUCACCACCAUUUCGGGACACGUGUGUGUGUGUGUGUGUGUGUGUUUCAGUGCGUUGGUCUCGCUCGCCAAGAUGAGCACAUCUCUGUCGACCUAUCGGCGAGAAGGCAAGAUUGACACCGAAGAUGGGGGCGUCGGCAGGGUGGAGUCACAGCCAAGGGGCAGUGGAUUCUUCAAUAACAAUCCGUCAGCCAUCCACACACAUGAAUGAGUGUAGGGCCACAUGGGUCACUCACUGCAUGUACUCUUGUUUGUGUCGACAUAUAUCGUCUGGCAGGGGUCUCUAUCAAAAGAACCUAAGCGCCCUCGAGAAGAAGAGGCAAAGAGGCGAGGAUAAUGACGACGACUGAUCACAAUGUCGAGUCGUUGCUGAACGGGCGGACAGAACGACAGAAUGAGAUGAGAUGAGAUGUGAUAGUUUCCGGUGUUGAUGCGUAGGGCUGCCAGAUGUGAU